CACAAAUCAACAUGGCAGUAACGGGCAUGACGAGCAGAAAUUUCCAAUCAUUUUACCGACCCGAUGACUUGACUCCAGACUGGCUGACGGCUGAACAUGAAACAGGGACAACUAUUGCUGCAAUAGAGUUUGCUGAUGGAGUUGUUAUUGGUGCAGAUUCUAGGACAACAACAGGUGCCUACAUUGCUAACCGUGUGACGGAUAAGUUGACACGCGUGUCAGACUACAUCUACUGCUGUAGGUCUGGGUCAGCAGCGGACACACAGGCUGUGGCGGACAUCGUCACCUAUCAUAUGGGAUUCCUCAAGAUGGAGAUGGGGGAGGAACCUCUGGUGAAAACAGCAGCUCAUGUAUUCCAGGAUCUCUGCUACAACUACAGGGACAGUCUGACAGCGGGGAUCAUUGUGGGGGGCUGGGACAAGAAAGAAGGGGGACAGGUAUAUUCCAUACCUAUAGGAGGAAUGAUUGUACGGCAGCCGUUCGCCAUUGGAGGAUCGGGUAGCUCGUACCUAUAUGGUUAUGUAGAUUCCAAUUUCAAAGAGGGCAUGGACAAAGACACCUGUUUGAAGUUCACAGCUAAUGCUAUUUCAUUGGCAAUCAAUCGUGAUGGCUCAUCAGGUGGCAUCAUCAGACUGGCUGCAAUCACGAAAGACGGCGUGGAACGUGUGACACUCACCGGAGACCAGCUACCCAAGUUCUACGAGUCUUCUUAGCCAGAAUAGCCCCUUCUUUCUCAUUUCAGAACACCCCUGUGUUCGUUUUCAUAUACCCUUAAUAUGUUGGUUUAAACAACUGUACAUGUCAAAAGUGAUUUAUUUAAUACAGUAAGCUGAUCAUU